AUGGCUGCAGGGCAAGGACUCGACGAUGUCGUCGCGGCCGCAGUGGCCAGAGAGACAACCCCUGAUGGUACUGGAGUCGUCAAGCUAGAUCCGUGGCUGGAGCCGUUCAAAGAUGCGCUGCGGAGCAGAUUCAGCCAUACGAAUCAAUGGAUCCAGACAAUCAAUGAGACGGAGGGCGGAUUGGAAGUUUUCAGUCGGGGUUAUGAGAAAUUCGGUUUCAAUGUUAGGGAUAAUGGAGAUAUUGUUUACCGGGAAUGGGCGCCUAAUGUCGUGGAUGCACAUCUCAUUGGGGAUUUCAAUAAUUGGGAUCGCAAGGCGACGCCCAUGAAGAAGAAUGACUUUGGAGUUUGGGAGGUAACAGUGCCUGCGAAGGACGGGAUUCCCAUCAUUCCGCAUAACAGCAAGGUCAAGAUAACCAUGACUACCCCAUCCAGCGAGCAACUCGACCGCUUCCCAGCCUGGAUCAAACGGGUCACGCAAAACCUUUCCGUCUCUCCUGAAUUCCACGCCAUAUUCUGGAACCCACCCGCGCAGGACCGCUACGCCUUCAAACACCCGCACCCGCCGAAACCUGCCAGCCUGCGCAUCUACGAGGCCCACGUCGGCAUCUCCUCCCCCGAGACCCGCGUGGCUACCUAUAAGGAGUUUACAAAGAACAUGCUCCCGCGCAUCCACGGCUUGGGAUACAAUGCCAUCCAGCUCAUGGCUAUCAUGGAACAUGCAUACUACGCCAGUUUUGGAUAUCAGGUCAACAAUUUCUUUGCAGCCAGCAGCCGCUACGGCACGCCAGAGGAGCUGAAGGAGCUCAUCGACACCGCACAUGGCCUGGGGCUGGUGGUGUUGUUGGAUGUGGUGCAUAGCCAUGCAUCCAAGAAUGUGUUGGACGGGCUGAAUAUGUUUGACGGGACGGAUAAUCUGUAUUUCCACGCGGGUCCCAAGGGGCAGCAUGAGUUGUGGGAUAGCCGGUUGUUUAAUUACGGGAAUCAUGAAGUGUUGAGGUUCUUGUUGAGUAACUUGCGGUUCUGGAUGGAGGAGUAUCAGUUUGACGGGUUUAGGUUCGAUGGGGUUACGAGUAUGUUGUAUAUGCAUCAUGGAAUUGGGACCGGAUUCUCCGGUGGGUAUCACGAAUACUUCGGCCCCAGUGUUGACGAAGACGGCAUCACCUACCUUAUGCUCGCCAACGAAAUGCUCCAUCAGAUCUACCCAAACUGCAUCACAGUCGCGGAGGAUGUUUCCGGAAUGCCAGCGCUCUGCCUACCGCUUACCCUUGGCGGGCAAGGCUUUGAUUAUCGCCUCGCCAUGGCGAUUCCGGAUAUGUAUAUCAAGCUGCUUAAGGAACAAAAGGACGAGGAAUGGAACAUGGGCCAUCUCACCUUUACUCUCACCAACCGACGGUAUGGCGAGAAGACAAUCGCCUACGCCGAGAGCCAUGACCAAGCCCUCGUCGGCGACAAAUCGCUGAUGAUGUGGCUCUGCGACAAGGAGCUGUAUACGCACAUGUCCGUCCUAACCGAACUAACCCCGGUCAUCGCGCGUGGCCUCAGCCUGCACAAGAUGAUCCGGCUGCUCACCCACGGCCUGGGCGGCGAAGGGUACCUGAGCUUCGAGGGCAACGAAUUCGGACACCCCGAGUGGCUCGACUUUCCGCGCGCGGGCAACAACAACAGCUACUGGUACGCGCGGCGGCAGUUCAACCUCACCGAGGACCCGCUGCUGCGCUACAAGUUCCUGAACGACUUCGACCGGGCGAUGCAGGUUGCCGAGGAGAAAUAUGGCUGGCUGCAUGCGCCGCAGGCAUUUGUGAGCCAGAAGCACGAGGAGAACAAGGUGAUCGUGUUUGAGCGGGCGGGACUUGUGUGGGUGUUUAAUUUCCAUGCCACGAGGAGCUGGGCGGACUAUAUGAUUGGGGUGGGGGGGAAGGGGAGAACGUACAGGAUUGUGCUGGAUACGGAUGCGGAGGGCUUUGGGGGCUUCGGAAGGGUUGAGGCGGGGACGAGGUUCUUUACGAGAGGGGAAGGGUGGGAUGGGAGGGAGGACAGUUUGAUGGUAUACGUGCCAACGAGGACGGCGCUGGUGCUGGCGCCCGAGGAGGAGACCGGGGGAUAA